CUUCGCUGUCAGUGUAUACAGAAAACGUGUAUAUAUUCGGACCGUUAAUUACACGAAUACGUGUAUAUAUAUCAAACUAUCACCGUAAUCGAUGCUUUGAUCUCUGAUGAACUCCCCACGGAUUCACAAAUAUGUUUCGAACCUACAAGAUUCUUGUGCGCCACAGAAACCUAAGCGAAGGGUUCAAGAUUUGGAGUGAUUUGAGAAGCGUGUCGAGCCGAGCGGAGAAGAAGCCGAGGAGAGUCGCCGCGCUGUGGGGCAACGGCGAUUACGGGAGGCUAGGGUUAGGUAGCUUGGAGUCGCAGUGGCGGCCUGUGUGUUGCUCGUCGUUCGGUGAUCAAAGUGUUUGUCAGAUUGCGUGUGGCGGUGCUCAUACUCUGUUUCUCACAGAAUCUGGUAGUGUUUAUUCCACUGGGCUCAAUGAUUUUGGACAGCUCGGCUCAUCAGAUGAUAGAAGUUAUACAACUGAUCCAAUUGAAAUUUCUGGACUUCCAAAGGAUAUUAUCAAAGUAUCAGCUGGUUAUAGUCAUUCAUCAGCCAUUACAGUGGAUGGAGAUCUUUAUAUGUGGGGUAAAAACUCAAGCGGACAACUUGGCCUUGGAAAAAAGGCCUCCAAAAUAAUUUCUUCACCAACUAAAGUUGAAUGCUUGAAUGGAGUUCAUAUUAAAAUGGUAGCAUUGGGCUGUGAUCACUCAGUUGCUGUUACAGACAAAGGUGAGGCUUUAAGUUGGGGAGGGGGAGGAUCUGGCAGACUCGGGCAUGGACAUCAGUCGAGCAUUUUUGGUUUUUUAAGGAGUAGCAGUGAAUAUACACCAAGGCUUAUCAAGAAACUUGAGGGGGUCAAGGUAAAAGCUGUUGCUGCGGGGAUGAUGCAUUCAGCAUGUGUCGAUGAAAAUGGCUCUGUCUUCAUUUUUGGAGAAGGAUCAGUCAAGAAACUGGGAUUUGAGGAAUCCAAGGUUGCUACUACACCGUCUGCAAUUAACGAAGUUCCACACUCUGAUGAAGUUGCAUGUGGGGGUUAUCAUACAUGUGUAAUUACAAAUGGCGGAGAGCUGUUUACGUGGGGCUCAAACGAGAACGGCUGCCUUGGCAUUGGUUGCAGAGAUGUUGCUCAUUUACCUGAAAGAGUUGAGGGCCCACUAGUGAAAUAUCCAGUUUGGAAGGUAUCUUGUGGUUGGAAGCAUACAGCAGCAAUUUCUGGAGGCAACAUUUUCACUUGGGGCUGGGGAGGUUCACAAGGAACAUUCUCAGUAGAUGGUCAUUCUUCUGGAGGACAAUUGGGUUUGGGGGACGAUAUAGACUACAUUGAACCCAUGAUGAUUAGCUUCGGCACUAAUGUAAAAGCAUUGCAGGUAUCAUGUGGAUUCAAUCAUACAGCUGCCAUACUCGAGUAUUUAAAUUGACAUAGCAGUUGUCGGCAAAAAAAUCAGUUGAUGGAUUGGUGGUAUAUAAAUAUGUUGAUAUGAGUUACCGAGUUCUCUCACAAUAGUGGUCACCUUAUACAUGAAGAACAGUCAUUGUUGUAUAUUCGAGAAAGUUGUAAAUGGCUAAAGCGUUAUUUGUUCUAUAGAGGAAGAUGUAGGUUACAAUGCCAAUAAUGAAGCCCUUUGGGAAGAAAAAAUAUUUUAUGGCUGUUUCAAAUAUUUAUGACAGCUUAAGCAUUGCACAUGUUAAUACAAGUCGUUUUAUUCUUAGUUCA